AAUGAGAUUAUUUAUUAGUCGAAAAAGAAGAAGCUAAACCCUAAACCCCAAAGUCGUUGGUAGCCAGAUCAAAGAGGGUCGUUUCUCUGUUUUGGGUAGAAGAUGAGAGGGGUGAACAGAGCAAUGGUUCUAGGCAGAGCCUUAAGAAGCAAUUUCACCGCCGCAUCCGGUGCUAUUGCCACCCUUCAUCGAGUGCUUCCCCAUGCCACACCCACACCAAAUCCUUCUCUUGUUCCCACUGUCACCGCCUUUAGAUAUAAAUACAAUUCUGCUGCUGCCACUUCUCUCGCUCAAGACGCCCACACCAAACACUUAGAUUUCAAACCCAAACAAGUUGUCCUCUUUCAGUACCAGGCUUGUCCAUUCUGCAACAAGGUUGCAGCGUUUCUGGACUAUUAUGAUAUCCCAUUCAAAGUGGUUGAGGUCAACCCCAUCAACAAGAAGGAAAUUAAAUGGUCCGACUACAAGAAGGUGCCUAUCCUCACAGUUGAUGGUGAAAAAAUGGUUGAUUCUUCAGACAUAAUUGAUAAGUUGAUUAAAAGGAUAAAUCCAGAUUAUGAUCUAGAUGCAGAAGAAGAGAAGAAGUGGCGAAAGUGGGUGGAUAAUCAUUUGGUGCAUGUCUUGUCACCGAAUAUAUAUCGAAAUGUUCCCGAAGCUCUUGAAUCAUUUGAUUACAUCACCACCCAAGGAAAUUUCAGUUUGUCUGAAAGGUUAGUGGCAAAGUAUGGUGGGGCUGCAGCUAUGUAUUUUGUGUCAAAGAAGUUGAAGAAGAAACACAACAUCACUGAUGAGCGUGCAGCUCUGUAUGGAGCUGCAGAUCAAUGGGUUGAUGCUUUGAAGGGCAGAAAAUUUCUUGGUGGGUUGGAUCCUAAUUUAGCAGAUCUUUCUGUAUUUGGUGUUCUAAGACCCAUCCGUAAUCUCAAGUCAGGUAGAGAUAUGGUAGAGCACACCCGGAUUGGGAGAUGGUUUUCUGAGAUGGAUCGUGCAGUAGGAGAGUCUUCCAGGGUGAGUGAGCAUAGCUAGAAUAAUUAUAAUGACUAGUGAGUUUCAAUCUAUGAAUUGAUUAGGCAAAUGCUAUGUCGGGAAAUGAAGUGAGUUUUAUUCUAAUAAGUUUGCUGAGUCUAAGUAAACGAUAGAUGCUUUGCACUUGUAUUUUUCUUGUGGCUAUAGUGAUGAUUUAUGAUCACAUACUGUUCUGGUAAAUCUGGGUAUAUAUUCAAUAAAACAUUUCUCUCACUCUGGGACAUGCA